GCGCGCGAGUACAUUACAUCCCAAGGUCACUUAAUUAGCGUGCGUUAACGAUCUCCACAUGGAGGAGAGUUUACGGCUUAUUGUUGAAGCUGUCGAUGUUGCGUUAGAUCCUACGAUAGAUCAUAAAGACAGAAAUAGAGCGUACGAAGUAUGUGAGAAAUUUAGAGCAACAUGCGACGAUGCUUGGACUGCAGGAGUUUUUCUCAUAACACAGUCUUCACUGUCCACUGGAGUUCGAUUGUUUGGUGGACAGUUAGCACAGCAUGCUAUUGAGCAUCAACUUGGAAACAUUCAUAUCGAUGAAAUAACGUCAUGGCAACAGACAGUUCUGCAACUGAUAUCCUUAAACUAUUGCUCUUAUUCUCCGGCUUUGAGCAAGGCAAUUAUUUGUGUAGUUGGUGAGCUUGUGAAGAAAACUUGGCCUCAACAGUGGAAAACUCUGAUGGCAGAUCUAACUGCUAUUAGCCAGACUGGGACUGUACAGCUUGAGUUAGUGUUGCUGCUGUUUGGUCGGCUUGGAGAAGAUGUGUCUAGUUGUGAUAGAUCUCUUCAUCAGAAAAGAAGACAAGAGUUGGUUAUUUCUUUACACAAAUGCAUGUCAGAUAUCUUUGACUUCAUCAUCUCAACAAUAUAGCAGCAACUAGGCUGUUACACUUCAAACGUUUCACUAAUACAGGCUGCUCUCAACACAUUGUCUGCCUACUUGGACUGGGCGGAGCUCGACUGUGUAUUUGGUCAAGACAGAAUUAUUCUUCGUUUGCUUACUCAUUUGCUGACUGAGAAGAGUCAUCAAAUGCUUGCUGCUGAUUGUCUCUUAACAGUUGUGAAGCGAAAGGGCAGGGUGGUUGACCAAAAGCCAGUAUUGACUCUGUUGCUGGAGGUGGUGAUGCUCACUCUGCUAUGCGAAAAGUAGCUUUUAGUUGCUCUGUUUAUAUCAAUGAUAUACACUGGUUUGUAACUUAGGCUAGAUAUCAAGCUGCAAGUGUUCUUCAGUUUGUUGAACGCUACAAUGAACACACCAUUUAUCAUGAUGUGAAGAGUAGAUUUUGCAGAACAAAUGUUAUUAUGCAGAAAAGAGUAAAGGGUUAUGGACUGAAAUGCCAUCGGAUCGUAACUGAAAUAUGCAAACUUGUAGGAAUUAGUGAUCUUCGAUGCAAAGUGAUCGGGUCAAAAAAUCGUUUGAAUGUUGUUCAAGCUGCAUUCAAAGCCCUAUGCAGCCAGGAGACACCGCAGAUGCUAGCAGAUAGAACAGGACUGCGGGUGGUUGAGAUGAGAUCGGAGAUGGGUAUGAGACCAGUGGUUCUGGCAGUGCCAGAGAAAGAGAGAGUAUUGUAUGAGAAAACAAGACAAGCAGUAGGGUAUGGAAGACAUUGAGAACUGAUGUUAGCAUGUACACUAGUGUACACCUAGGCACAAACAGUGUAAUGUGCCAAACUGUACGUCAGAACAACAUAUUUAUGAUUUAUGACAUUAAAGUAGGAUUUAGUUGUAUUAUUGAUUCAGAUAUGUUAUUGGAUUACUUUCAGCAACCACUGAGGCUGCGUAUGGUAUGGGUCAAUACUUUGAUGGUAGCUUUUUUCACAGUGGAAAAUGUUGUCUCAACAUUGUCUGAAUGUGCUAGCGCCAAAGU